AUGGAUAUCUACGACCCAGGACUGAUGGGUGCUGCUGGCCGUGUCGACGGCACAAGCACACCAACCGGCACCAUCUCAAACGAUGGACCCAAAACCGAACUCGAUCAGAACGUUGAGAAGCUCGUCGGUAACAUCUCCAAUUGGUGGUCAGGCUUUGCGAAGAAGUCACAAGACUCGAUCAACCAGGCACGAAAGGAGGUGGAGACACGCGGAGGCAUUGUCAACUAUGCAAAGCGCGAAUACGCCAAGCUCGAGUCUUCGAUAGGCGAAGCACAGAAGAAGACCAGAGAUCAGAGCCAGACUCCAUCACAACCACAGGAAACUUCUGAGGAAGGUGAAAUUGGCGCUGCUACUAAGGUGUCAGAGUCGGAGGAGGUUCCUGUUCGAUCCGAGACCAGCAAGGGAAAGCAAAGAGUUGUUGAUGACCAAGUUGCACCCUCAUCAGCAGAAGCUGGGACUGUCACAAAUCAAGGACCAACUCUGGGCGCAUCGGUCUCAUCACUCUUCUCCAAGCUCACUUCUGACCCAAGGAUUGCUCAACUCCAGCAAUCGCUCACAGACACUCUGCAAACUGUUGCGACACCCCAAGGUCAACCCUUGGACAAAGAAGGCGGCGAUGCGGAGAAGAAAUCUGGAGCAAACCUUAUCAACAUUCAAGAGUCGCUCUCCAAGCUUUCUUUUACGAUUCAAUCGCAUCUACCGCAUCUAGACUUGAAAGAGUCGCAACAGCUGGCAACACGAUAUCUUCGUGCAACGGAAAGCUUUGCACGAGAGGUUCAAUCGGAUAUGAAGGACUUUGUUGGCGAGCUGGUGCAGAUCGUCCCGCCUGAAGGCGAAGGUGCCGAGAAGAGGGAAGUGCAGGCAAGCAAGGCGAUCGAUGCUGAGGCAAAGAUAGUCGAGGCAGUUGACGAGACACCAUCAGCGACCAUUGCGGCGACGAAGUCGGCACCGAAAUCAUCCGCUGCAGCCAAAGCCGGUCCCACAACCACAUCUGCUACUACAGUACCCUCGGAAGACGAAGAGGAUUUUGCAUGGGAUGAAGACGAUGAAGAGGCAGCUGCAAGUGUAGAAACUAAAGCUGUCGCAGCAAAAGAGAAGGAAGCGAUUCCGGCUGCCAGCACUGUUGCAGCGACCGAUAAGGACGCCAAAUCAGUCGAGAGUAAGAAAGAGGAGACGGAUGAAGACUCUGACUGGGAAUAA